CCCUGCCUGUGCUGGGCUCUUCCUGCAGCAGGGAUGAUGCAGGAGCUGGUGGCUGGCGUGGAGAAGAUCAGGCUGGACUUGGAGGCUGAUGAGGAGGAGCUCGGAGCUCGGGCCUUGCCCUUCCCAGGGGUGGACACUGUGCAGGGCCACCCCCGGCCCGGCGGGGCCAAGCCCGCCGUGUGCAAGCAUUGGCUGCGAGGGCUCUGCAAGAGAGGCGACAGCUGCGACUUCCUGCACGACUACGAUGCCACCAGGAUGCCCGAGUGCUAUUUCUACUCCAAGUUCGGUGAGUGCAGCACCAAGGACUGUCCCUUCCUGCACGUCGGUGGCACCGCCAGCACCGUGGGCUGUCCCUGGUACGACCGCGGCUUCUGCAGGCACGGUCCCCUGUGCAAGUACAAGCACACGAGGAGGGUGAUGUGUGCCAACUACCUGGUGGGAUUCUGCCCCGAGGGACCCAAGUGCAAAUUCGUGCACCUCAAGGCCGGGCUCAUGACCAGCAGCACGGACCCAUCCAAGGAAGCUGGGUGUCCAUGGGGGCUGGUACAGAGGGACCUGGCUGCUGCAGAGGAGAGGGGAGCUGAGGAUGUGCCACCCAAGGAGCCACGUGGCACCCAGCACCUGGCAGCUCACCUGUGGGACACCAGGGGCUGCCCCCCGAGCCCACAGAGCCUGCUGGAAGGAGGCACCUGCUCCAAGAGCGGAUCAGGCAGCCCCUGUGCCACUGAGAGCGGGAGGACAGCGCUGGAAAUGCUCCUGGGACAGUGACUGCAGGAUCCCACAUGGAUCAGGGAAGGAAAUGCUGCUGGGACAGUGACUGCAGGGCUCACACAUGGAUCAGGGAAGGAAAUGCUGCUGGGACAGUGACUGCAGGGCUCACACAUGGAUCAGGGAAGGAAAUGCUGCUGGGACAGUGACUGCAGGAUCCCACAUGGAUCAGGGAAGGAAAUGCUGCUGGGACAGUGACUGCAGGAUCCCACAUGGAUCAGGGAAGGAAAUGCUGCUGGGACAGUGACUGCAGGGCUCACACAUGGAUCAGGGAAGGAAAUGCUGCUGGGACAGUGACUGCAGGAUCACACAUGGAUCAGGGAAGGAAAUGCUGCUGGGACAGUGACUGCAGGAUCACACAUGGAUCAGGGAAGGAAAUGCUGCUGGGACAGUGACUGCAGGAUCCCACAUGGAUCAGGGAAGGAAAUGCUGCUGGGACAGUGACUGCAGGGCUCACACAUGGAUCAGGGAAGGAAAUGCUGCUGGGACAGUGACUGCAGGGAUCACACAUGGAUCAGGGAAGGAAAUGCUGCUGGGACAGUGACUGCAGGGAUCCCACACGGAUCAGGGAAGGAAAUGCUGCUGGGACAGUGACUGCAGGGAUCACACAUGGAUCAGGGAAGGAAAUGCUGCUGGGACAGUGACUGCAGGGAUCACACAUGGAUCAGGGAAGGAAAUGCUCCUGGGACAGUGACUGCAGGAUCACACAUGGAUCAGGGAAGGAGGAAAUCACAGAGCACCAUGGACACGGCACUGGGGCAGCUGCUGUGCUAGAAAAGCCAGCAGGGUUUGCCCAGCACCAGCUCACAGUUGGCACAGAAAUCACUUCAUGCAAUGAAAUUUGGGACUUCCCACAGCUGGCUGCUCCCCCUGGCACUGCUGGCUGUGGGCAGGCUGGGACAGCAGCAGCAUUCCCAAGGUUUGAAGGGGUGCAGGACUGGCUGGUGCCAGGAUCCUGGGCACAGGGGUGAGGAUGGGCUCAUCCUUUGGGAAGGGGGCACAAAGCACCUCGCUUCAGAUCACAACCCAAGCAGGAAAGGAAAAUCCACACAAAUUUUAAUUGCUGGUGAAAGAGUUUUUGGUGCAACACCUCUGUCACGGCACUACUGCACUCUGCAGAAUAAAGAGCUCAGACUUUUAAUUCUUGGCUUUUCUUUUUGUCCUUCAUGCCUGCAACAUGAGCAACCCUUUCCCAGACAUGUCUGGGAAUGGCAGGCUCCAACUAGCACUCCUGACUGUCCUGGUUUGGCUGCUGCAGGCACGGGUUUGCCCUUUGGGCACAACAGCUCAUCCUGAGGAUUUUUUUUUUCCCUGGAAUUAGGGCACUGUGGUCUGAGCUGCUGCUCCAGUGCCUUCACACAGGUCCUGGCCAGUCCCACCAGUACAAGAGGUGAGUACAAACUGGGCUGGGCCAGGCACAGCUCUGGAUUUGAAGGGAAUGGUUCUGGGGUUGAAGCCCAGCCUGCUGUAACACUCAGCAGAAUUGUCACAUCUCUGAUGACAGCUCAGGUGUUGUCCCCUGUCCCCAACAAGGGAUCUGGGACUCCAGAGCCUCCAGGAGCUCUCCUGCCCACACAGAUUUCUCAGGGUGCCUCUAAUCUAUCUCAUUGUCACUACUAAAAGCUGCCUGCUCCCUGGAGGGGUGACCACAGGCUGUCCCUGUCCCCUCUCUGCUACACAAGCCGACCUGCAGCACAAUUCCAACUGCUCAGCUCCAGUGCUGCUGGGGAUUCCUGCUGGGAUCCCAGUCCUGGCUGCUCUGCUGGGAAUUCCUGCUGGGAUCCCA